AUGUGUCCUAAGGGAACAAGGAAGCGGUCUCGGAAAGCUAAGGAUGGGGCUGGGGUGUCUGGCGCUGGAGAUGCAUCAGUACCUAACCCAAAUGUGGAGUUGACGGUUCCACCCAUGGGUCGGACCGGAGACACUGUCCUGACUGAAAUCCAAGUUAACCAGACUGAGGUUCAGCUGGAUGGUGCGGAUGGGCAGCUGAAUGAGACCGUGAGGCAGCUCGAGGGAGCUGGAAGUCAGCUAGGUGCAGCUGCUGGGCAGCACCAGGAUGAUCCGGAUGGAGAGGCUGAGGGCGCUUGCACUCGUUGUGGUAAGAUGGGACACUUUGCUCGAGAGUGCCCAAAUGUGGGAGGUGACCGGACUUGCCAUACUUGUGGCCUUAAGGGUCAUCUCAAGAAGGACUGUCCAAAGCAAGCUGAUGGACAGAACAAGAACAGGAGUGGGGGUAGCAGGCCGGACCAGAACCGGGGUCAGACCUCAACUCCAAGGGUGUAUGAGCUGUCCAAGGAUGUGGAAGAGACAGGGCCAUUCAAAGCAAUCACUGGUAACUUCUAA